GAAAACAUUUUGAAAUUAAUUUUCUGUUGUUGAGACAAAUUUAGUAAUUUGAUUAAAUUUUGAUAAUCUCGUGAAUUUCAAUUAAACAAUUUGUAAUUUGUUCUUCAUUUUGUCAACUAGUUGUCAAUCUUUUCACGUCAAACCUUAAACAAUGGAAGCUGUUAUUGGUGUUAGUUUUAAUGACUUUGCUCUAAUCGCUGCUGAUACUCAUGCAGCCUUCAGUAUUAUGUUUGUUAAAAAUGAUUGUGACAAGAUUUACACUCUAUGUGACAAUUUAAUGAUGGGGGUUGUUGGUGAGAAUGGUGACACCACCCAAUUUGCUGAAUUUAUUGGUAAAAAUAUUCAACUAUUCAAGAUACGAAAUGGAUUUGAAUUGUCACCCAAAUGUGCUGCUCUAUUUAUCCAGAGAAACCUUGCUGAUUAUCUAAGAAGUCGCACUCCUUACCAUUGUAAUCUUAUUCUUGCUGGAUUUGAUAAAGAGAAAGGACCUCAGCUUUUCUAUAUUGAUUAUCUGGCCACUCUCUCUGAAUUGCCUUAUGCAUCUCAUGGUUAUCCUCAGAUGUUCACCCUUGGUAUCCUGGAUAAAAAUUAUCGACCCGAUAUGACCGAGGAAGAAGGUGUUCAAUUAUUAACUUACUGUAUCAAUGAAAUUAGUAAACGGUUUGUUGGAUCAUUGAAAAACUAUUGUGUCAAGCGAUUGGAUGCCAAUGGAAUUAAAAGAUUACCUGAUAUAAACGUUAACAAACCUAAGAACGUCUAAAUAAUACAAUUGUCAACACCUUUCGUAUCAAGAAAUUUGAUAAAGUUCCUUUUGUUUGGAUUUAA